GCCAGGGUUUCGACUGUCAAUCAGGAAUUCAGAGGCAGAUCUCGCAAAAUCGCUGUCCUUGCAGUCGAGUACGUCAACGGUGUCUGUCUGCAAGAUCUGUUCUACCCUUGGGGCCCUGUCGAGGGGAGGGUCCGGCUCUAUGAAAAGACCAAAUACUCCGCAAGCUUCACCACCAAACAAGGUCAACGCAUGCAGAUCAUGGCUCAGCUUAUGGACGGUAUCAUCACCCAAGAAUUUGCUGGUCUCGAUCAUUGCGGGGUCCUUCCGAAGAACGUCAUUAUCACGAUGCCCAGAAACCACAACAAACCCCGGGCCGUUCUGGUGGACUACGGACGUGCAAUCAUCGACCAGCAGCGGACAUCUCCUGCCGAGUUCUGGAAGCACUUCCCCACCAAACACCACACAAUCCCCAGAUUCGGGCAUAAAAUAUUGGAGCGUUUCAGAGGUUGGGUCCCUCUGGAGUGGCGGGGCCCACCAGACCAUCACGAACACACGCCUUUACUCUACCAAUGGAUGAUGAUAACGUUUGGUGGUUUGGUGGACAACCCGAAAUACACUGUUUUUGUCGACUUUUUCGAGGAGAGAAGGCCCAAGAAAGAACAGCCUUAA